AUGAGAUUCGACUUUAGAACCUCUGUUACAGUCCUUGUCGUCCUUAUCCCCUUUAGUUGGGCUCUCGAAAAAAGCCCUGCAAGCCAUCACGCCCUCGAAUCCCGCAGUACCGACGACGAAGGAUGGUUCGAUUUAUCAGUAUCAUUCCGCAUGAAAAGGGAGGAAAGUAGCUCUUCGCCUCUACAGAAACGGUCGGAAUUCCCGGCAUCCACCCCAGUCAUCCUGAAACGAAGCCCAGAAACUGGUAAACUGGUCUUGCCACGCAGUUUAUCAGAGGCGCUCACAAUGGCUAGCCAAGUACCCGAGAUAGUCAAAAGGUCACUUCAACGCCGCACAGCCUUGGCCCGAAGAGCAAUGAGGGUGAUAAUAACGUGGUACGAUGGUCAUGAUCUUCUCAAGCCCGCUUGUUUUGAUGAAAGCACCAAGUGGGCACCCACUGAUGAUUCGAUGGUUGCUGCUGUGACUAUUGACUGGGCCGGGAAGCCUCGAUGCGGGUCGUUUGUCAGGAUCGAACACCUGUCGGACCCGACGAAGCAUAUCGUCGUUCGGAUCGCUGAUGAAUGCGGUGGAUGCCCCCCCAAAAUAGCCCACAUCGAUCUGACAGUCGGCGCUUUCAAGAAACUUUAUGAUAAAGACGUCGGCGAGGUCGGUGGUUUGAAAGCCAAGGUGGUUCCUUGUCCCCGUGAAAUUGAAAAGGAUUGGUCAAAAGAAGUGAUCGACACUUACGGCCCGAAGGAAACCAUUAACAUCUCGUGA